GCACUGAACGCGCACGUCGCUCUCUCCACUACAUCGCACCAUUGCGGUAGGAGCGGGGAAGGCGGCAGCAGAGGGGGACCCGACAGACACACUGCACUUGUUUCCCCACAACCAGAUUAUCCAGGCGCCGACUUUAUCACAGAGGAGGACUUUACCUGAGAGGACAUAUAUCAACAGCUCAAAGGGCACUCCUGCAGCUCAGCGAGAGCGAAGGAGGGAGAACUUUUGGCUAUUGCUCCGUGAUUCUUUUCUUACCACCUCUUCGUAACCUUGGAAGUCAGAGCUGUUUAUUGUGAGAGAGGAUGGGACCGCUGCUCCUUUCCAUCGCCCUGUGUUUGAGCGCCGCUGUCCCGCAGCGUGUGAAAGCAGCAGAUGGUGAGGAACCAACUUCAGCAGGCCCUUGCCAUCCAAACCCUUGCCACAACAGAGGAACAUGUGAGAUCAGUGAGACCUACAGGGGCGAUACCUUUAUCGGCUAUGUCUGCAAGUGUCCACCAGGCUUCAUUGGAGUUCAUUGCCAGCACAAUAUCAAUGAAUGUGAAAGGGACCCAUGCAAGAACGGGGGCAUUUGCACAGAUCUGGUUGCCAACUAUUCCUGCGAAUGCCCAGGGGAGUACAUGGGGAGGAACUGCCAAUACAAAUGCUCUGGACCGCUGGGCAUGGAGGGCGGUAUAAUCUCCAACCAACAGAUAACAGCCUCUUCUACCCACCGUGCUCUCUUCGGCUUGCAGAAGUGGUAUCCCUACUUUGCACGCCUCAACAAGAAGGGCCUGGUCAAUGCCUGGACUGCAGCUGAAAAUGACAGAUGGCCGUGGAUCCAGAUCAACCUACAGAGGCGAAUGAGGGUAACAGGCCUAAUUACCCAGGGUGCAAAGCGUAUUGGCAGCCCAGAGUACGUCAAGUCUUACAAAGUAGCCUACAGUGAUGACGGGAAGACCUGGAGAACAUACAAAGUCAAAGGCAAAGAUGAGGAUAUGAUUUUCAGAGGAAAUGUCGAUAACAGUGCUCCAUCGGCCAACUCCUUCACCCCUCCCAUUGAAGCCCAAUAUGUGCGCAUUUACCCCCAGGUCUGCAGGAGGCAUUGCACCUUACGCAUGGAGCUACUUGGUUGUGAGUUAACAGGCUGUUCUGAACCACUGGGAAUGAAGUCAGGCCAUAUCCAAGACUAUCAGGUCACAGCCUCCAGCAUCUUUAGGACGCUCAACAUGGACAUGUUCACCUGGGAGCCUGGGAAGGCCCGUUUGGACAAACAAGGCAAGGUCAAUGCUUGGACAGCCGGACGCAGUGACCAGUCACAGUGGCUACAGGUGGACUUGCUUGUGCCGUCCAAGGUCACAGGUAUCAUCACCCAGGGAGCUAAAGACUUUGGCCAUGUCCAAUUUGUUGGCUCAUACAAAGUUGCUUACAGUAAUGAUGGCGAGCGGUGGAAUGUAUAUCAAGAUGAGAAACAAGGAAAGGACAAGGUAUUCCAAGGGAACUUUGACAAUGACACGCACAGAAAAAAUGUGAUAGACCCACCCAUCUACGCUCGGCUCAUCCGGAUCCUUCCCUGGUCAUGGUAUGGCAGGAUCACUUUGCGUGUAGAAAUACUUGGGUGCACAGAGGAAGAGUGAAGUCUCUCCAUCUUUCUUGUCAUCAUCCCCCUGUCACUUGGCGUACUGGAGUAUCUCACCCAGUAUUUCAAAAAUAAACUCUGCAGCUUGUAAAAAGAAAUUGAUUUCCAAUGGAUUUUUCAAGAAUAAGUAUUUGGUUGUGUGGGUCACUGUUUUUUUUUUUUUUUUUUUUAUUUGUUUGUUUGUUUUGGUUUUUUGUACAAUAAUUUAAAACCUGCCCCUGGUCCACUUUUGUCUUUUAGUUUUCUCUCUCAAGUUUGAUCUGUAUCUUUUUAUUCUCUUCCAGAUUUGCCAUCCUGUUAGGACUGAACAUCUGUAAUAUAUAUGGGAGGGGUUGGGUGAGGUGUGGAGUCAGAAAUGGGGCUUCUCUGUGGUUUUAACUUGUUGCCAUGGAAGCCAUUGUACAAUAUCACUUUUUAACAAAGAUGGAAAAUCGUUCUGCCAUUCCUCAUUGAACAUGAUUAACCAACAACGUCAUACCAUAACUAAACAGUCCAGACAUGCCACGUAGAGAUCACAUGUUAUCGCAUUACUGAAUAUAUAUUUUACUUUGAUUGCUACACGUCCUCAAACCACAGUUUUAUCCUAACGAACACUGGCAUUAACACAUCCAUCUUGUAUUAUAUGUAAAAGACUAAGAAAUUGCAUGGUGGGUGAAUUAAACAUGUAUAUUAUGACAGAUCAUUUAAAACCUCCAGCCCUGAGAGCAAAUCGCUUUGAUUUAGGAACCUAUUUUUAUGUGCAUAUUUAAAUAGUUCUGAAACAUUACAAUACACUGCAAACGCUUGUUGAAGAUUACUGAUAUGUGAGACCAACAAGCACUGCAGUGAAAAGUGGUUCUGCCGCACUGGUAGAGGUUUAUCGGCUGUCUCUAGUUGAAAUGACUUAAUCCUUUCAUAAAGCGUUUCCAUUUUUUAUUUGUGCCUACACUUUUUCUAAAAUAUUUGGAAUUAUUGUUUGUGCUUGUUCUUUUUUUGUAUUUACCAUGCUUGUUUCUGUAUUUAUUGAGCUUUUUUUUUUGUCUGAAGCAUUUAAUGUAUUUGUGUUGUCUUGGAGAUCUAAGUUUAAUCAUUUAAAAAGCUCAGGAUAGAUGUCAUUCACAACACACAAAUGUAUAAUUGCCCACCCAUUUAAAGAUUUACAUGUAUUAUUAUUUAAACAUCAGAUGAGAGCAAUUAUUUAAAUCAUGCCUCUAUCUGCUAUCUUUUUAAAAUAAAGCAAUUAAUUAACAAUGAUGUAUCCUGUCAUAGGGGUUAAAGAAAGUAAAACUGCUUUAAAUUAAUUAUUUUAAGGCAGUUUUACUUUAUUAAAUCCACUGAACAGGAUAAAUCAUUAAUUAAGUUCUUUCUUUAAAAAAUACAGCAGACGUAGAAAAUUACACUGUUACAUCAUUAUCUUAAAUCUACAAUGAUGAUGAACUGUGGUAACAGUACAAAGCUCUAAAUUAAGUAUGGACAGUGUCUUUAUUUUCAUUUUUCAUUCAUUAUCAUACUGGAUUAAAUUAAUAUAGUAAAAAAUUAUUAAAGAAGGUGUCAGUAUUUUCGCAGGACAUGACAGCAGCUCUCUGCAUGUUCAAAUGGCUUCAGGGUGCUGAAAUUAUUUACACACAAUGUUACAUGGAUAAAGGUGCUGUUAUGUCAGUCACAUCAUAACAUUCUAUUAAAGUGGUUUUCACUGUAUGGGUUUUUCUGUUAGCUGCAGUAAAUGAACAGCGAUGCUUAGCUGGUUAAAGAAAUGGAAGUGAACAAUAACCCGAGGUACUGCUUCAGAGUCAAACCUUACAGGCCGUUCUGCCAGACUUAAAAAUAGACCUGGAUUACUCUAGUGGUUUUCACUCCUGACUAGCUUUCCCAAAGCUCUCAAGUGCUACAGUAAGAGCUGAAGGGCCUUGUCCACUUUUCUGCUUCAUGUUUGACUUGUCAGCUUUCAACCACUUACUGACCUACUCAUUUCAUAUUGUAGGAAUAUGAUGCAGUUCUUAUUGCAGCACAGCUCAAAAGAAAAAGUACAACAUUUACAGGAAAACCUUAUUUAAUUUAAUGCAUCAACCUUUCCAAUUUUGGUCUGCUGACUAGAUUGGAAAUACAAGAGUGCCACUUUAUAUUUAAUGAAUAAAAAUGCAUCGGAAUCAAACAUUUUUGGACUUAAAUCUACAUUUGAAAUGAAUUGAAAAGCACAGCAAGAAAACAUCAAGAGCUAUCACCAUCCAAGUAACUCAUUUUAUGUUGUUAUGUACAAGGGUGUUUCCCACUGUCAAGCCAUCAACAUGUACCUUGUUGGUGACAAGUAACCGUAUGAUGUCUGAAAACAAAACAAACAUUUUGAUUGUUAUCUGGAAAAGUGGAACUGAGUACAUCUAAGUGCAGUCUGGUUUAAAUAUGAUAUAAAACAUAUAAUAGAGAACGCCAAAAGGACCUUGAAAUGUCUAAAGUGAGAUAUCUUGGAAAAUCUUAGUGAAGUUAUUGCUGAACACAAGUUUGUAUUUUGGUGUAGAUACACUAAAAGACUGUAUGUGAAAACUGUUAUUGGUGUGAAUCAUUGUGUGAAUUUCUUAUGUUCAUGGAGAUAUAUAAAGCAUUAUCAGAUCAUUACUCACAAACCAUUUGUUUUAAACUCCCUACCCCCCAUUUUGAUUUUUCAAUUGCUUAUCCCCAGAGAGCUACUGUAUAUCUUGGCCAACAUCUGCCCUGACUGAUCUUAGUAGUUAGCUUCCUAUGAGCUCUUAUCACAGAGUAGGCCCGCUACAAAUCUUUGAGGAAGUUUGCAUGAUGUACGAGUCUGAAUAGUGCAGUAUAACAGACAUGUCCACAGGCACAUUAUUUUCUUGCAUAUCUUAACAGUCUAAUGGCCUUUACUUUGUACUCACCAUUGUCUUGUGCACUGUAAAACUUCAUCUCACAGGCAGCAAAGUGGAAAGCCAUCAUGUCUUUGUAUUUCGGUGUCAGCUGUUGACAUAUUAUUUCUUACCUCCUCAGCCAUAAGUGUCAAUCACUAUAUAGAAACGUUACCUAUUAUAAUGCUGGUUAGGUUUGAGUCUGCAGAGGAGAGUGAUAAACUAUGUACAGUAAAAAAAAAGAUGUUGCUUCAAACAAAAGCUCUUUCAGUUUGACAAAUAAAACAUAUCUGUGAAAAUGGUGUGGU